AUGUUUGGCGCUCGUUGAAUCUGCAGUGUUCGAAGUGGGCGGCGAAUUCUUAGUGAAAGAGACGGUGAAAGAGGGCUGGAAUAGUUAUUCAAACGGAAAUAUUGAUAUUGAGCAUAAGCAGGGAGAGUACAUAAAAUAUUCACCGCGCUUUGACAGAAGAUUAUUUUUGUAAGAAUAGAAUAACUUACUACACGUAUUCCAGAACCUACAUAACGGUUUGUUUUGUGUAUUGAGUUAAACUCGCCGGUAUUGGCAGUCGCGGACGCGCGGAGGUGAAACGACCCCCCUUUUUGCUAGCUCUGUCGGCUAGCCACUAAUCUUGAACUGGCAGGUUUAGAGACAUAACAGGUCAUUUCUUUGAAUGUGGAGUACACCCCGCCUGCAGGGAAAUCAUGGGCUUGACUGGGAAGAAAUCAGAGAAGCGUCCUGCAUGCUGGAGGAAACGCGUGAAGUCAGAGUACAUGCGUCUGCGGCAGCUCAAGCGCUUCAGGAGGGCGGAUGAGAUCAAGAGCAUGUUUAAUUCCAAUAGACAAAAAAUCAUGGAGCGCACAGACAUUCUCAACCAGGAGUGGAAGACGCACCGUAUCCAGCCUGUCCACAUUAUGACAUCCGUAAGCUCCUUACGCGGGACUAGAGAGUGCACCGUGGAUAGUGGGUUUACAGAGUUUCAAAGGCAACUCAUUCCUCUGAAAACGCUGAACGCUGUCGCCUCCGUACCAGUCAUGUACUCCUGGUCCCCCCUGCAGCAGAACUUCAUGGUCGAGGAUGAGACUGUUUUGCAUAACAUCCCAUACAUGGGUGAUGAAAUCCUCGACCAAGACGGCACCUUCAUCGAAGAGCUCAUUAAGAACUAUGACGGCAAAGUUCAUGGAGACAGAGAGUGUGGCUUCAUAAACGAUGAGAUCUUCGUGGAGCUGGUCAACGCACUCAAUCAGUACAGCGACUAUGAGGAUGAUGAUGACGAAGAUGACCAGCAGGACUACAAGCUGGAGAAGGCGGACAAUUGUGACGUAAAGUACGACACAGAUGACCCCUGCAAGGACCAGCAAGUCAACUCCGAGGGUAGACCGAAUGACUCCUCUAAGAAGUUCCCCUCUGAUAAGAUCUUUGAGGCGAUUUCCUCCAUGUUUCCUGACAAAGGCUCCACUGAGGAACUGAAGGAGAAGUACAAAGAGCUGACGGAGCAGCAGCUUCCUGGGGCCCUGCCCCCCGAGUGCACCCCCAACAUCGACGGACCAAACGCCAAGUCUGUGCAGCGCGAGCAGAGCCUGCACUCCUUCCACACGCUCUUCUGCCGGCGCUGCUUCAAAUAUGACUGCUUCCUCCACCGUGAGUCUUUCCAUGCCACCCCAAACACGUAUAAGCGCAAGAACAUGGAAAACCUGGUGGACAGUAAACCCUGCGGUGGUGAUUGCCACAUGUAUCUGGUGCAGGAUGGUGUGGUGCGUGAGGACCCGGUCGGUGUGGUGCCAGAACGGGUCAAGACGCCGUCCAAGCGCCCUGUGGGCCGUCGUCGGGGACGCCAGCCCAACAGCAGCAGCCGGCCCAGCACCCCCACCGUCAGCACGGAUACCAAAGACACGGACAGCGACCGCGAGGGCGGCGCCGACGGGGCUGACGGGCCUGAUGGGCCUGACGGGCCUGAUGGGCCUGACGGGCCUGAUGGGGUCGACUCCAACGACAAGGACGAUGACGACAAGAAGGACGAAACCACCAGCUCCUCAGAGGCGAACUCGCGGUGCCAGACGCCGGUGAAGCUGAAGCUGAACUCCGAGCCAGAGAAUGUGGACUGGAGCGGGGCGGAGGCCUCCCUCUUCAGGGUGCUCAUCGGCACCUACUACGACAACUACUGCGCCAUCGCUCGCCUCGUCGGCACCAAGACCUGCAGACAGGUGUACGAGUUCCGCGUGAAAGAGUCAAGCAUCAUUCCUGCUCCUGCUGAAGAUGAGGACACGCCCCCCAGGAAGAAGAAGAGGAAACACAGGUUGUGGGCCACACAUUGUCGAAAAAUCCAGCUGAAGAAAGAUGGCUCUUCCAACCACGUGUACAACUACCAGCCGUGUGACCACCCCCGCCAGCCCUGUGACAGCUCCUGCCCCUGUGUCACCGCUCAGAACUUCUGCGAGAAAUUCUGCCAGUGCAGCUCAGAGUGUCAGAACCGCUUCCCUGGGUGUCGUUGUAAGGCCCAGUGCAACACCAAGCAGUGCCCCUGCUACCUGGCUGUGCGCGAGUGUGACCCCGACCUCUGCCUGACCUGCGGAGCCGCCGAACACUGGGACAGCAAGAACGUCUCCUGCAAGAACUGCAGCAUCCAGAGAGGGGCCAAGAAGCAUCUCUUGUUGGCCCCCUCUGACGUUGCUGGCUGGGGCAUCUUCAUUAAGGAAUCUGUACAGAAGAACGAGUUCAUCUCUGAAUACUGUGGAGAGAUCAUCUCCCAGGACGAGGCUGAUCGCAGAGGCAAAGUCUAUGACAAGUACAUGUGCAGCUUCCUGUUCAAUCUGAACAAUGAUUUUGUUGUUGACGCAACCAGGAAAGGCAACAAGAUCAGAUUUGCAAAUCAUUCGGUUAACCCCAAUUGCUAUGCAAAAGUAAUGAUGGUAAAUGGGGAUCAUAGAAUUGGCAUAUUUGCCAAGAGAGCGAUACAAACUGGUGAAGAGCUUUUCUUUGACUACAGAUAUAGCCAAGCUGAUGCCCUCAAGUAUGUGGGCAUUGAACGAGAAUUGGAAAUUGCGACAACGGUGUCUCUUCAGAAUCCUUUGUAAGCAAUUUUUUAAAAAAAGAAGCCCUUUUUCUGUCUUCUGUUUGUCUUUCCACUCGGGGCUUUCCUCCUAUGGACGGGCCUCCUCUGGGACUCAUACGCUACAAGAACUUGAACAUUCACUCUGGUGUUUACAGCAAAGAGUUCAAACGAAAUCCUCCUUUGGACUUUUUAUGGGCCAUCUUAUAUACUCUUUCAAAACGAUCAUUCUCAUACUGCUACUGAUGGACUAUUCCCUUUUUUUUUUUUUUUUUUUUUUCUUCUUCUUUUCCUUUGGACCAAAUUGACAGUUGAACUGGUUACCUUCUCAAGAAAAACUCACUGUGCACUUACAGUACAACACCAUACAGGUCGGUUAAGGUUUUUUGUUUCAGUAAAAAUGUAAAAAAAAACAAAAAAACAACCAAAGUCACAAAAAAAUACAAAUCUUUCAUGCCACCUUGCAAGAACCCAUAGCACAGAGGCAUGCAUUUCCUGGUGUGCUAGUCCACAAGGUUGCUAAAGAUGUGCGGUCGAGAGGCGAGACAGUGUCAACCUUUGCAGUGCCUUCAGUUGCUAAUAUAACACUGUUUAGUUUUAUCGGCAUAGAUCUCCUCAAACUUUGGAAAUAGAACCCUGAGUUUUGUUGUAUGCAUGAACAAAAGAAAAAAAAAAAAAGGUUUUGAACAGACUAGAAAUCAGGGAACUCAUCUUAAAACCAUUUUUAAACAAUCAAGCAACAGUGCAGCUAGUGGAUAUGUAAAGACAUUUGAAGAGCUGGAAUGCUUUUAUGCAGCAGCUUGCUGGUAUUUGUUUAAAAAAAAAAAAAAAAAAAAAACAACAAACAAAAUGCAAUCACUUAAUCUGUGUAUGAACAUAAGGACAUGUUCUGCUGCAAGCAAUAAUUCUAGCUUGAAUCAUGUUCAUAAGAUCCUGAAGAUGGAGUAGAGAUGUCUGUAUUUAUUUGUACUGGACUGUGUACACCAGUUGUACAUUUUUGUAAUUUAUUGAAAGCUUUCCUAAUUUGCUGUGACUUAACCAGAUAGUGAAGGUUGUUUUGUUUCUGUUUUUCUUUGUUAGAGGGGGAUGCAGUCAAACAAGAUUGUUUUAAAUUAUUCAUGUAAAAUGGUAUCCCAUGUGAGGUUUUGCCCUUUUUAAACACGUAUUUACAUCGAUACAAACUGAUUUCCUCCUUGAGUUCUUCCUUUUCUCUUGAGGGUUUGUGACCACUCCACCUCUGUUUCUGCCUCUGAUUUAUAUAAAAGGUGCUGAUUUUUUUUUUUUUAAAUGUUUACAGGGAAUAUGGGUGAUAAGUGACUCGUAACAAACAUGGAAAUAAAUGUGUUCCACUGACGUCAGCCGUAUGGGGAUAAAAGACCACAUUUAAAUGGUCUUAAAUGUUCUUGACAUCGUUAUUAAACCAGAAUUACAACUGAAA